AUGAUCGCCUCCACCUCCAACAUUGGAACUCAUCCUCUGUGUUUUCUCUUCAAACCAGCCACACAGGCGACAACUGGGUUUCUUUCUCUUACACUCCACUCUCGAGGUAUUGCUGUUGCACUGUCCUCGUCGUCAACUAGGACCACCCAGAGGCUCACGUGCCACUUCAACGGCAAAGAUGGAAGCUUUGAGCAGCAAGAGGAAGAGGGUGAGCGUGAGGUGCUUUGUGACGUCCAAGUGGUAUCGUGGAGGGAACGCAGAGUUCACGCCCAAAUCACAGUCGAUGCUGACACUGAAUCCGUUUGGAAUGCUCUCACUGAUUAUGAGCGUCUCGCUGAUUUCAUCCCAAAUCUUGUAUGGAGUGGGAGAAUUCCUUGUCCAUACCCAGGAAGGAUAUGGUUAGAGCAAAGGGGAUUCCAAAGGGCUAUGUAUUGGCAUAUAGAAGCUCGUGUUGUCUUGGAUCUUCGAGAAGUUUUCAAUUCACAAUGGGAUCGAGAACUUCACUUUUCCAUGGUUGACGGGGACUUUAAGAAGUUUGAUGGCAAAUGGUCCGUAAAAUCUGGAACAAGAUCAUCAACUGCUAUUUUGUCGUAUGAGGUUAAUGUGAUACCAAGAUUCAAUUUCCCAGCUAUUUUUUUGGAAAGAAUUAUCAGAUCUGAUCUUCCUGUGAACCUUCGAGCUUUGGCAUACAGAGCUGAAAAGAAUUUUAUGGGAUAUCAGAAACUUCCAGUAUCGGAAAAUCAGUUGCAUAAAACUUAUGUGGCCAUUAACGGGUCAUCUGUUAAAAAGAUAAAUGGUGCUUUGUUUGAAAGUGUUAAAAAGAUAAAUGGUGCUUUGUGUGAAAGUGAUAAGUUGCCUCCUGCACAGAACAAAAGAGAAAUUGCCUCCUCUGUUUCUGGUUCCAUGCUCACAUCUUCCAGUGAGGUGAGAAGCAACUGGGGUGUAUUUGGAAAAGUUUGCAGGCUUGACAGACCGCGGAUGGUGGAUGAAGUUCAUCUCCGCAGAUUUGAUGGACUUCUGGAAAAUGGAGGUGUUCAUCGUUGUGUUGUUGCAAGCAUUACCGUUAAAGCUCCUGUUCGGGAAGUAUGGAAUAUUCUAACUGCCUAUGAGACUCUUCCUGAAGUAGUUCCAAAUCUAGCAAUCAGUAAAGUUGUAUCACGAGAUAACAAUAAAGUCCGUGUUCUUCAGGAAGGGUGCAAGGGCCUACUUUAUAUGGUGCUUCAUGCUCGCGUUGUGUUGGAAUUGUGUGAAUAUUUAGAACAGGAGAUCAGUUUUGAACAAGUUGAAGGGGACUUUGACUCGUUCCACGGAAAAUGGAUUUUUGAGCAACUAGGAAAUCAUCACACGCUGCUAAAGUACUCUGUGGAGUCAAAAAUGCGCAAAGAUACUUUCCUUUCUGAAGCCAUCAUGGAGGAGGUCAUUUAUGAAGAUCUCCCAUCAAACUUGUCUGCAAUUAGAGACUAUAUUGAGAACAGGAAUGCAUCAAAAUCUUCAGAAUAUAGUGAGCAGAAUACAAAUUCAGGGCAACAAAUUGUUUCAUCAGGCUUUCAAAAUGAUGACAACACUGGUUCAGCUGUGGAAGUUCCUAAUUGUGAUGCUCGAUGUUCAUCUCAGCAAAGACCUAAGGUGCCAGGCUUACAGAGGAAUAUUGAAGUACUAAAAUCUGAACUCCUGCAAUUCAUUGCAGAACAUGGACAGGAAGGAUUCAUGCCAAUGAGGAAGCAACUUCGUUUGCAUGGAAGAGUAGAUAUUGAGAAGGCUAUAACUCGCAUGGGUGGGUUCAGAAAGAUUGCAACUGUAUUGAACCUUUCUUUGGCUUACAAACACCGCAAACCAAAGGGUUACUGGGACAAUCUUGAAAAUUUACAGGAAGAGAUAAGUAGGUUUCAAAGGAGCUGGGGAAUAGACCCUUCAUUCAUGCCAAGUAGAAAGUCAUUUGAACGAGCAGGGAGGUAUGAUAUUGCGCGUGCUCUGGAGAAAUGGGGUGGACUACAUGAGGUUUCACGGCUUCUCUCUCUGAAGGUAAGACAAAGGAGCAGACAUGACAACCAUGGUAAGGAUAAGAAGAGUGAUCAUACAGACAGUGAGAUGAAGACGCCAUAUGGAGUGCUGGCAGUGACUUAUUCUGGCCCCCCACAACCUAAGUUGACGAAGGAACAAGGGAAAACACAAUCUGAUAAUGGUACCGUUGUUCUUUCCUCACCCCUGUUGGCAUGUGGUGAACUUGUAGCUCUUAGGCAAAUCCAUUUACACCAUCAAUUGCUAACAUUGGCCUUCUUCAGAAACUUGGAUUUGCACGCCGUUAUGAUUUUGCAUAAUUUUCAGUUUCUUUUGGGAACUAAUUUUCUGAUUUGUAAUACAUUAGCCAAUAUGAAACUUCAGUUUGGUGGGAUUUGUAAGGUCAGUCUGCUUGGGUGCAGGCAACUGGUGUUGGUAAUGGCAACCACGGCCUGUUUCAUCAUCGUUAGCAGAAAUGACAUUCCUAUAUAUGAAGCUGAAGUUGGAGUAGCUGCUAAAAGAGAGGACGCAGCUCAGCUGCAUCAAUUUAUCCUCCAUGCUGCUCUAGAUAUUGUUCAGGACCUUGCAUGGACUACCAGUGCGAUGUACUUGAAAUCGGUAGACAGGUUUAAUGAACUUGUGGUGUCCGUGUAUGUUACAGCUGGUCAUAUCCUUCAUAUAUGUGGUUUAUUUAUUGAUGAGAUAAAAAAACUUGUAUGGCUCUUAUUAUUGAUGUUGCUACAUGACUCUCGUAAUGAUGAUGGCAUUAAAAGUUUCUUCCAAGAGGUGCACGAGCUUUACAUAAAGAUUCUCCUCAAUCCCUUGUAUUUGCCUGGCUCCCGGAUCACGUCCUCACAUUUUGAUACUAAAGUCCGAGCUCUUGCACGAAAGUGGUUGUUGAUUUUGCUAAUGAAGGCUAUUGUCGAGAAACUAUUCGAUAUUUCGAGUACUAGUGGCUACAUUUGUAAUACAUAUUAA